AUGGAAAAAGCACCACAAUCACCAUCGCCCGUCGCCGACACUAGCACGGCCCCAAACGGAAAUGCCCAGAAACGUGACGAUGCGGCCGUUUUGGAAAAAUUGGCGCAAAUCGAGCUUCUCCCGGACUUGUUUGCGCUUCUUCAAAGAGUAGCGACCGGCGACAUCAAGGGCCAGGAUUUCGAUAACCAUGCGGGCCCGAUCCGCCUAAAGCUCAACACCAUCCGCCUGCAUCUCCAGGAAAUUGAUGGGAUCUGCGAAACCGUCGACCAGCGGCAAAAGAAAAUCGAGGUGUUGAAGGAUUGCAACGCCCGUCGAGCCUCGUUUCUCCGGGACUUCAAGAGCCGCGUCCUUGCGGACUUGAGGGAGGAGUAG